AUGAAAAAGAAAAUCUGUCGUGAGUUGAUCACACAGAUCCUUGCACGAAAACCAAAGAUGUGUGCUUUUCUCGAAUAUAAGGAUCUCAAGAUUGUGUAUAAAAGAUAUGCUUCACUGUACUUCUGUUGUGCAAUUGAACAAACGGACAAUGAGCUGAUUUGCCUCGAGGUCAUACACAGAUAUGUAGAGCUUUUGGACAAAUACUUCGGCAGUGUUUGUGAACUCGAUAUAAUCUUCAACUUCGAGAAAGCUUAUUUCAUUCUGGACGAGUUUCUCUUAGCUGGCGAGAUUCAGGAAACAAGUAAAAAGCAAGUCUUAAAAGCUAUCGCAGCCCAGGAUCUCAUCCAAGAGGAAGAAACUCCGCAAGGUCUAUUUGAAGAUCACGGUCUCGGAUAA